CUACCAUUUCUCUCUUCUAAUUAGUGACUCAAUUUUGACAAAAGGCCAAAAAAAAAAAGCUAAAGAGAAGACAAGCCAUGGCUACUCUUAGAAUUCCAAGAAAAUACCAAUCUUUGAUCAUUCUUUUUCAGUUCUUUCUGUUAAUACAAAUCCAAUUAGUUUUGUGUUAUCAAUACAAAGUUGGAGAUUUAAAUGCUUGGAAUAUACCCUCUUCUGCAAAUAAAGAUGUCUAUCUCAAAUGGUCCAAGAAUCACCUCUUCAAGCUUGGAGAUUCAUUGUUGUUUUUGUACCCACCAAGUGAAGAUUCAGUAAUACAGGUGACAAAACAGAAUUACAACAGUUGCAACCUUAAAAAUCCAAUCUUGUACAUGAACAAUGGGAAUUCUCUGUUUAACAUUACAAGACCUGGGGAGUUUUACUUUACAAGUGGAGCAGAAGGGCAUUGUGAGAAGUUGCAGAAACUUCAUAUUUCAAUUGGAGGAGGAAAUGGAACAAGUUAUGAUGAAGCAGAUUCACCUGCUUUAGCUCCAUCACCUUCUUACACUAAUGUUUUUGGUUCAAUUCCUGUCCAAUCUUCUAAUUCAACCUCUGCUUCAUCUUCUGGGAAAGUGGAAAUGUCUGUUUUUGCUGCUGUUGGGUUGCUCUUUCUUUCUCUGUUUAUAGGAAGCACUAUUCUUUAGAAAACAGGACAGGGCAUUUUGGAUUUUGGAGAUUCCACUCAUAUCUUUUUGUGUAUUGAGGCAUUAUUUAUUUAUACUUUUCAUGUUGUUAAAUUUGUGAAAGAGUUCAUUCAUGAUGAUUAU